AUGUCUCGACGCUAUGAAGAUUUCGAUGAGUUCUGCGAUCCUGACAAUCCAAAGAUAAUAAAAUAUGAAGAUGUCGUCGAUGCUUUAAAACGUAUAAGAAAAUAUAUACCACAGACUCCAAUAAUAGCUUCCCACUAUCAAAAAGAAUGCGGCAUCAAUCUAUUCUACAAACUCGAAACGGUAAUGAGAACAGGGAGUUUUAAGGAAAGAGGUGCAUUAAACGCGUUAGAAUUAUUGCCAAGGGAUAGACAAAAGAUUGGUGUAGUUGUGGCGUCUCUUGGAAACCAAGCGAUGGGUAUAUGUUAUUAUGGUAAAAAACUUGGGAUACCGGUGACCGUGGUAAUGCCAACAUCCGUGCCAGUUAUAAAACUACAAAUGUGCAGCGAUAUGGGCGCCAAGGUUAUAGUUCAAGGUCAUAAUUUGGUGGACUCUCAGAAAUAUGCCCGAGCCUUAGCUAAAGAGAAGGGCCUUACGCAUAUUAACGCUCGUGACUAUCCCGAUGUGAUGGCGGGCUAUGGUACUGUAGCAAUCGAAAUUAUGGAACAAGUACCCGCACUAGACGCUGUUCUAUUGCCCGUUGGGACCGGCGGCUUGGCGGCCGGAGUGGCUACGGUCAUCAAACACGUCAAUCCAAACUGCCUUGUUUACGGAGUUCAAUCUGAACGACUGCCAACAUUUUACAAGUCCCUAGAAGCGGGAGAACCUCUCACUUUGCCGUACGAACCAUCAAUAGCCGAGGGCAUAGCGAUGCCAUACGUCGGAGUGAAUGCGUUUAAAAACGCACAAAAUUUGCUCGACAAAUUAAUAUUAGUUUCGGAAGACUGGAUAGCUCGGUCUAUUUUGCAUUUAAUCGAAAAAGAACGGAUAGUUGUAGAGGGCGCUGGUGCUUGUCCGUUGGCAGCAGUUCUAUGUAGCCAAGUUCCUGAACUGAAGUCGAAAAAUGUCGCAAUAAUCCUGAGUGGAGGUAACAUAGACGCCAUUUUACUAGGCCGUUGUUUAGACAGAGGACUGGCGGCAGAAGGUCGUCUUAUAAAGUUCAAAGUAUUAGUGAAAGAUUUAGGUACAGAGUAUGCACGAUUUACUAAACUGCUAGCGGAUAACGGAUAUAAUUUGGUCAGACAGUUUCAAGAUCGCAUCUGGGUGGAAAACGAAAUAUACCGAGUCGAGAUGAAAGCUGUCUGUGAGACAAGAGGACUCGACCAUGCUCUGGAGUUGAAAAGAAUAAUUGAAAAGACAUAUCCAAAUGAAUGCGCUUUUGAAACCGAACCCUUUGAUAGUGACAACACUUGCUCUUGCUAUAUACCUACAAAAUGUUAA